AUGUCUCCGCCAAUUCCAUCGCCACCACCACCGCUGCCCGCCAACUCCACCACCGCCGCCUCUGCGCCGGGCGUCACGGCCUCGCUCUCGGCGGGCACCACUGCGUCGCUCUCAGCGCCGGUCCUAACGGCACCCGGCACCACGCCGGGCCAAGGGCAGCCACAGGCCCCCGUCCAACACUCGUCGCCGCCAUCACCUCCCUCGCAGCCGCAACAGUUCACGCCGGAGGCCAUGGCGGGCGUCCUCAACGACCUCGUCACCGCGGUUCAAGGGAUCCGCCUCUACCUGGCAGGUCCGUACGGGCCGCCCCCACCACUCCAUCCAGCCAUGGCCGCGGGUCAGCAGGCGCUUCCGUGGUACUCGGCAUCGGGGGCCAUCACCGGACUCCAUCCAGCCAUGGCCGCGGGUCAGCAGGCGCUUCCGUGGUACACGGCACCGGGGGCCGUCACCGGAGGCUACCCGGCGCUCCCCGCCCCAGCGGCCGCACGGCCGCCUUGGGCGCAGUGGCCGCCGCAGAUCGCGCCGGCAGCCCCGCCACUUCUCGCCACCACGGGGCCGCAGUGGCCCACCUGGACCGUGCCGGCCGCGCCGUCCUCCGUCGCGCCCUACCUUCCAGCGGCCUCGGAGCAGGGUCCUCCACCGGCCCCGCCCAGCCCUAACCUGGGCACCGGCGCCUCGGAGCAGGGCCAGACCCAGCAGCUUCUUUCGGCGUCACCGCCGGCCCCCACGACGCAGGCGCCAGUGCAGCUCCACCAGGCGCCGCCGCCAUCGACAGUACCACCACCCGCGCCUAGGGCUACGGGUCGGCCCCUGCACCAGGUGCAGUUUCCACCGUCACCAUCGCCGAUCCCCGCUUGGGCGACGGACUCGUCUUCGGGGCCGGUCUACUCCACGGCGCCGGAACACCCGACGCCCUCCCUACGGUUUGAUCACCCCUCCAGCUCGGCGAACUACGCCCCGGCGCUUCCCGACCCAGCAUACGCGCCGGCGGCAACUACGGCCGCCCCCGGGCACGGCGGGCCGACACCCCCUCGCUUCGCCAAACUGGACAUCGCCACCUACGAGGGCACAGAGGACCCCCUCAACUGGCUCAACCAGUGCGAGCAGUUCUUUCGAGGGCAGCGGACGCUCGCUUCAGAUCGCACCUGGCUCGCGUCCUAUCAUCUUCGAGGCGCAGCGCAGACCUGGUACUACGCCCUCGAGCAGGACGAGGGCGGCAUGCCACCAUGGGAGCGCUUCCGGGAGCUCUGUCUCCUCCGGUUCGGGCCUCCUAUCUGCGGGAGCCGACUGGCGGCCCUCGGCCGCUUACCUUUCACAUCCACGGUGCAGGACUAG